AUGCCUGGCCCAGCAAAGCCGCGGAUAAAAUCUUCCCAGAAAUUCUUGGAGCUGGAGAAGAAAAUUGAGCGGUUGACCGAUGCACUAGCUGCCAAAACCCAGCAGGGUCCUGGAGGAGAUGACGGCAACAUGACAGUCUCUGCUGAAUCAACGGCACCAACCACAACUGAAACAUUCAACGAGGCUCCCGCACAACCCAGUCAACCCCCUUACGCGAUUGGAGCGGUGCAACCGCAACCCCAUUUGGAUCGGGACAGCAGGCCUUCAAUCGUGCCUAACGACGUGGUUGGCCGAGGGGUCAUCGAUAUGCCUACUGCAGAUGUCUUGUUCAACCACUGGAACCUCACGUUGCGGCCGAAGUUGCCUGUUGUCUGGCUUCCACAAUAUGCUACAGCAGGUUCUAUCCGGGACACGAAGCCGGUUUUGUUCUUGGCCAUUCUCGCUGUUGCCAGUGCUUCCAUAUUGCCGUCCUUUGAAUCAGCACUUGUCAUGGAGCUAAAUGAGCAGCUGGCUCGUCGAAUACUCGUUCUUGGAGAGAGAUCUAUGGAACUAAUUCAAGCGGCCCUCCUGUACUCCAACUACUAUGUCCAACCUUCGGGGGCGGCAAACUUCUCUUCUACUCAGUAUGCCUCUGCUGCAAUGACCAUGUGUUGCGAUCUGGCUCUUGCGAAAAAGGCCAAACAGGACUCGGGAUCUCAGUCCGACCGAAAAGAGGCGGCGCGGACGUGGCUGGCAGCCUGGUAUACAGGGUCGAGCAAUGUGGCCCUACUCCGGCACCAAUAUCCCGUGCUAGGGGUAUCGGAUCUGGAGCCUUGUUUGGAUGUAUUGUCGACUGGUGGCGAUGUACACUCUUCCGAUUUGUGGCUCUACAGUCUUGUGCAGAACCAGCUUUUGAUUGAAGAUUCCUCGAAUAUUCUCGGAUGGAGAACUCCUGGCACAGUAGAGGAUUUCGACAACCUUAGCACUCAAUACAAGAUGAAAAUGCUCGAAGGAAGGCUCGAAAGGUGGGCAACUGCGGUGCCGAAGGAAACAGACAGUCGGUUUUCGAGGUUCGCGUUCCACUGUGCAAGGCUCACUGUGCGGCAAGUCGCUAUGCGCACUCUUCUUUCGAAAUCAGUUAACCCUGGUGACGAGCAGGAAGUCGGCACAACUUUCCACAAAGAUGUGCCGUUGACAGCUGCGCAUUUCGAAGCACUAUGCCAAUGUCUAGACUCAUGUCGGGAAAUACUCGACAUUUAUUUGGCUCUGGAGGAUGCCACAGCCAGGUCUCUUCAUAACAGCUAUUUUCUCUGGACCAUGUGUGCUGCAAUGGGUCUCAUCAAACUCACCCCAUUCAUCGAGACCCUGGCGUCCAGUCAAACAGCUGCCGGUGUUGCGCGAGAGGCCGCGCAGGUUCCCAUACUGAGUUAUCUAGAUGGGAUGGUGAGGAAAAUCGGCCGAGUUUCACAGGACGGAUACCUUCCACAGGCUAGAACGAGUCUGAUGGUCUUUCAGAAGCUCAGACUUUGGUAUUCAAACAGAAGGGAGGUCUGCAUCAACAGAGACGCAGGCUGUAUUCUGGGUGGCGGCACUAGAGGUCAAGUGUACAGUGUCUUUGGGAGCGACCCGGAACCGGCAGUAGCAACUUCAGAGUCGGCAGUGGAUGUGACGGCACCUCCACGCUCACGGCUACAACAGAGACAUGGGGUAUUGCAGGGAGAAGAUAACGUCCAAUACAGGGACCAAGCCUCGGCGGCUGGCGAUGGGUUUUCUGUGCAGAGGAGCCCGGCAGGUUCUGCUGGUCCUGGACAUGUGCAUGGACCUCCUCAAGGCGCAGAAUCUGCAUUUGAUCCAUCAACUUAUGCCAACACCGACUGGGGCGAUCUGACCAUGGAUUCCGAGUGGAUGAAGGAGUUUGACACUUUUCUUCUGGAACAUGACAAUUCAUGGUUAAAUUCGGUAUUUUGA